AUGUCGACAAUAACUUAUAAUAAUCUUAAUAAUAAAUUACAACAACAACAACAAUCAGCACCACCAUUACAACAAGGAUUUCAUCAAUGUCCAACAUGUCAUGGUGGUUAUUUGGGGGGCAAUCAAUCUAAUAUUCUGGUCGUCGUUAAUCGAAGACCAUCAACAAGUAAUCGUGGACCAAGGCCACUGACAUUGGGUGCUUGUUGGUCACAACAAUUACGAAAUGAGGAAAAUCUUCCUUCAACUAUGAAUAAUAUACCUGCUAAUGCAUUACCACAACAACAACAAUUUGUGAUAACUACAUCAAAUAAUAAUACAACAAGGUCCACAACGAACAAUAGAUAUGCUGUAUUUGCCAAUGAACAAGAAGCUAGUGAUACAGAAGAAGAAGAUAUUAAUAAUAAUAAUCAAAUUAAUGAACAACCUUUAUUAUUUAAGAAUAAUAAGAAAAAGAAUAAUAACAAAACAAAAGGUCAUUCUUACCUUAGUCAUAAUCGAGUUUUAACAUAUUUCAAAAAUAAUGAUAAUGUACCUAAAGAUUUUCUUGAGUUAUUACAAGAUAAUAGAACUUGUGAUGGUAAAGACUAUAAUCAUUGGGCUAAAGAAAUUAUUCAACGUACAAAGAAAUGUGAUGAUAAUGAAAAUAUUCGUUUUGUUGAAAAGAAAAUUAAUCAUUUAUCAUUUCAAAUUCUUCAAGCACGUGCAGCAAUUUCUAAAUUACAAAUACAAUUUAGUGAUUAUUGGACACAAAUAUCAUUACGUAAAAAAACUACAAAACAUCCAAAUACUAGAGCUCAAACAACUAAUGAAACUACUACAUCAUCUUCAACAUCAACUACUACUAUGCCACAUAUGGCUUUUGAAAUUGAUCAAUUUGAAAAAUUAGUAGCAGAUUAUAUUAAAGAUUGUAUACAACAUUUAAAAAAAAUCUGUGAAACACGUAUUCUAUUAGCUAAAGCACAAAUGGAAAGAUACAAAGCAUUAGAAGAUUUUGAACAAGUUUCUACUACAUCACAAAUGAAUAUUCAUGUAAUUUUAAAGCCAAAAAUGAAAAUAUGUUCUAUUAAGAAUGAGAAUUUUCAUAUAGCACAAAAAAGUGUUCAAUAUAAUUUACCUCCAAAAUUCAUUACUAAAACUGAACUAUCAUUUAAAAUUGAUGAAUCAAUGUUAAAACCAACUGAUAUACAAACUAUAUAUAAUGAUAUGCGUCAGAUAACAAAUGAACUUUGUAGGAAAAGUAUGGAAUUAAAUUGUGGAGUAGCUGCUCGUGAAUUUUAUACGAUAAAAAAUGAAAUUGAUGAAAUUAUUGAAAAUAAUUGA